AUGACCGAAGAAAAAACUGCUCAAUCAAAAGCGAGAAAUAAUUGGGAAGUUAUAGCCUAUGAGAAAUUAAUAAAUAUAAAAUAUCUCACUCAGGGUGGUUUUAGUAUUAUUUACAAGGCUAUAUGGUUAGAUGGAUAUAUACUUUGUUGGAAUGAUAGCAAAAAAGAAUGGGUUAAAUAUCGUCAUCAGCUUGAUUAA